CGGAGAUGGCAAAUCAAACAUUGCACUCACUGGUUGAUUCAGUGAAGAGCUCCGUCCUCAGCCCGUCAACCUGCACUAGCGACACCGUAUCGUUGUUGCGCAAACUCCUUUCAGCCGUGGAUGACGAACGCAAAACUGGGGAGCGCAAAAGUGCAAAGACUGUCAAGGCUGGCUCAUCCUCUCGUCGCCAGCCAAGGACGGGUAAUUCUAGAGCUACCACAAAAGUGGCCGUUUUUCAGACUAGAACCGAGUCUCCCAUUCCUCCACUCUCGAAACAGAACAAAAUAGCCUUGGCCACGGAAAUAUUCAAUGCUUCCUCAAGAACACUCUCCGAACAUAUUAAACUUCAAUCCCCGCGACCAUUUGAUAAUGCCCUAAAAAAGAAUACGGUUACGAAAAACCCGGGAUCACCGAAGAAACCGCUUCAGCCUACCUCCCCGAAUCGAACAAUCCGAUCACCAACGAAAGCCAAAGGAAUUUCGGAAAGGUUGAAUGAGCGAAACACAGCAGCGAGCAAUGUCACAGGGGUUGCAGAAUCGGCGCUGUUAGCUUUAUCUAGCCUUCGAGAUCUAAAAUGUAAUGAAGAUGGAACUCGAAUUCUUAACGUCCAAUUGGAACAAGGGCUUUGUAUCUUGAUCGGGAAGCUAUUUGCCGUUGGGCUCAACAAUAUGGCAAUUAGGGAGCUACGGCUAUUGAAAGGCAGAAUACGAGCAUAUUUCGAUAGCGAAACUCCAAAAGUGAAACUUAGACGGACAGCCAAUCCAGCCAAAGAAAUCCAAAGCGAGCGGGCAAGCGAAAAAAUGGAGGACCUCGUUCUUGUUCCGAAAGUACCAGAAGAUGGCGCUAUGAUUCAACUUUUUGUUUCUCUUCAAAAUCUAGCAUUGAGAGCCGUCAUCACUGAGGGUCAACCUGCCACAGCGCAGAAGAUGAUGAAUCAUUUGGUAUUUUCCAAUCCUUGCAGCCCACCCAAUCUUAUUCUUGCGGCGUACAAAUUUGGCACACUCUCUGCAGAUAAGGCCGCUCAACAAUUGCAAUCCCUUUCCAGUUCAAUUCUAUCCCUUGCCGCGUUAACGGUAUCUCCGGGAGAGGGGGUCCCUUGCAGCAUGAAAUCGCGAAUCAAGCCUACUGUGACAGUAGCGUUGCAAAUUCUCUCUCUCGAAGUAAAGUGCCUAUGGUGGAAGAUGGCAGGACAUCGAUACGACGCUGAUAAGGAGCUAUGGCACCCUCUCGCUCGGUACUUCUCGGCAUUGACACGACAUUGUUCGGCCAUCAAGAAAGCUGACUUUGAAUGUAUCAAGGAAGCAUUUCUGCGACUUAAAACGAGCUUGAACUCGAACGGAUACAAUGUGAACAUUCGAAAUGUUAAGUCUGCCUCCGUAUCCAUAGUGCUGCGAAUUUUGGGCCAGUUAGCGUAUACAGCCGGGUGUCUAUCCGAUGCAAUUGAGUUCUGUAAAGCUUCCACUGCUUGUCUGACAGCUUCACAGCCAUUGCAAUUAGCUAUUUGUUGUUGCAAAACUGCUUUUGUCCAGAUCGAAUUUCUAAAGACCUCCCCUCGUCAUCGGCGGGAGAUAAGUUCGGCGAUUUCUGACGCAGCGAACAAUCUAAGUGCUCCAUUGAAGGGCAAUUUAACCGACUUGGACGAAUUGCUCAUGGAGGCUGCAAAACUCAAAAAAACGAUUAUGAAAGCGGUGAAUGGCUUGACAGAUGCUGCGGUUGUCGAUAAUACUAUGACAUUCGAUGUUGAGAGUUUAUGGCUCAGUAUUAAUGAGUACCUCAUGAGUUUUGUUCGUUUCCUUAGCCGUUAUCUGGGCCCGUCGCCACCGUUUGAUGCGGAAGCAAACUCAAAGGCCGGGUUUAUGCUACGACUUGGGACCUGCAAGAAUAUCGCGAUUUCAGCCGUUGAUUCUAGCAUCGCUGUAGCCAAAAUAUCAUUGAGCACGGAACAACCUCCCUGGGGAAGAAUUAGCCCGCUCUUAAUCGACUGCUUUGGCCUUCUCAACCGUCUCAGCUACGACCAUUGCAAUAAUGACAAUAACCAGGCAUCCAAUGGCGUAUCUUCCGGCCUUCUCAGAUUAUCCAAUCUCUACUGGUCACGAUACGCUGCGCAGAAGGAAGCUGGGAAAUCAGCGUUUGAACUCGUUCCUCUGCUAGAGCGAUCAAUAAAUAUCCUAGGGCACUGUGCACCGGCUGAACAGACUUCAGGUUUCAUUGCUAUCAAAAUCGAGAGACUUGCCACUAUUUAUUCGGAGAUAGGGCAUGAGGCAAAAGCAGAGACCAAUUACUGCUCUGCAAUUCGCGCGCACAUAAUAGCUGGCACUCUGGAGUUGGCCAGUGCCCAGUCCUUCCAGAGGCCCUUCCGCUACAUUUGGAAAAACCCCCAAAGUCCUGCGUAUGCGUUGGGCCGCGUGCUAGGCAGUUACAUCAAGGCUAGAUUGAAACAAGUACGCAAGACCUCUCAGCUUGCAUAUGACGAUGAAGCCCUUGAUGUUGAGAGUAGGGCUCUGUUGCUCGAGAGUCAGAUGGCGUUUCUAGUUGAUAGCUUUGCCGUUGAUCCCUCCGAUAUGUUAGCUCAAUGCCUUGCCUCUAUGAUCACAAAGCUGCUUGCAAUAUACUCUAUAGACAUAUUCCCCCUACGACGGUCAAGGGUCCUUGUCUCCAGCUUAAGGCUAUUCCUUGAAUCAAACAUUGACUUUGAUUCUGAUUUCUGCGAUUAUCUUUCACAGGAAGCAAAAUCAUGUCUUUCCCAGGGUUUAGAGCUCUACAAAGAUCAGGAUUUGUAUCCAUACCAAGAGGAUAUAAUGAGUUCGCUUCGUCUGGCACUGGGGUUUUACAGUGGUGAUUUACAGACGGCCGAUUUGCAACUUGUCAUCCAGUCAUGGGCGAAAAUGUCGCAAAGCUGGGCUACCUGGGAAUCGGUGGAAGCUAAAAUAUCCGAUCCUCACACCUGGAUUUCUCAACUUCGUGGCCUUGUCGACUAUUUGGAAAUUAAGGCGCAAUGGAUGCAGCAAAUAACCUUGCUGUCAGUCCUCGAAAAGGUCCUGGAGCUUCAAGAGAAACGUGAUUUUUCCUUGCUUGUGACUUCACUGUCCAUAAUGGGUGUUCAAUUGAGUCGCCUCGGGUUUCCUGAUAGGGCAGGCGAAGUACUAACAAGGGCAAAGGAGGUUAUUGGACAGCAUGCGAUAUGCCCGUCAGUUUUAAUAUCAUGGCAUCUUGCGUACGCUGAAUAUCUCGUGGAGAUGGGGCGCCCGGAAAAAAGCUUCGAGGUUCUUCAAGAUGCCCAAAUGGUUUUCGAAACUAACAUUGGCGAGAUGGCUAAGGAUUCUAUGCGCAUGCGCAGUUGCCUCGAUAAAAUAGGAAUUGAUGCAGCGUGUAUUCUUUCACGAAUAACAUUCACUGAAGGUAAAAUUGGCGAGGCCACGUUUUAUGCAAAGAAUGCGGUGAAAUUGAGUUCCCGACUUUGGGCAAGGUUGGAAAAGUAUUCAAAUUUGAAAACGGAUAAAAAGGUCGCCGACAAUAUCGAAGAGGCCGAUGCCCUUACAGAGAAACUUGCUAACGUGGACCUGUCAUCUGCCGGCAAGGAGCCGGCGAAGGGUUACCGCACAGGAUCCGUCUACUGGCCAUAUUUUUCAUCCCACUGCACUGCGUUGCAGCAAUUAUCCCGGAUCUCUGCUAAUAAUGGGCUGUAUCAAGAUGCUGUCUAUUAUGCCCAACUAGCUUUAGAUGCAAGCGAAGCUCUCGGGGCCACCUGCUUAGCCACUCUCAUCAAGGCAGAGCUGGGUAGCUAUAACAUCCGUGGUAACCAAGUGGAUAAGGGUCAGGAACUGUUGAAGGCGUUGGAAGCAGAAUUGCCGACAGUCCACGAGACAAUCCAUACCGUCGCAUUGCGAUACCACGUAUCUGCACUCCAUGAAUUCAGCGGCAAACUGGAAGAAGAAUAUGAAAUGCUUGAUGCAUGUCACAACGCCUUGGCGGAGCUACUGCGAACUGGAAUUACCGAAUUACCUUGUCGGCCGAACAGCGAAAUUGAUGAAAUUCAGACGAAAAUCAAAGAACUAAGCCUCGACACUAGAAACGAAUCCCGACCCCAGCGGAAAACAAGACACGCUCAACGGUCAGGAAAAACUAGCAAACAGUCAGAAAAAGCUUCAGUUACGAAAACUUACGGAGAACCUGGCCUUCCUCGAGCGUCCUCGCUUUUGCAGUUACGCGGCGAUAUUUUACGUCGACAGGCGGAGGCUUUACUCUCUAAUGGACGACUUCAGGAUGCUGGAAUUCUCUUAGACGAAGCCGAGAAACUUACAAGCUCAAAGAAUAGUCAUGUUUCUCAAUGCAUCCGCAGAGCUAACCUUUAUUUGAACGAGGCUGUUCAUAAACUUGCGAGCCAUGGCGUUUACUGUGUCCUUCCUGAGUCUUGUAUCGCCCUAUCCUCUGUCCAGCAAACAGAGAGCGCGCAGGACCUAGCUUCAUCAGCCACAAGUUCUGCUAGUUCUCCAAAGAAAAAGUCAAAGCCCAGUCGACUUGUUGGAGAAGAUUUCACCGGGAUUUUAUCCACAGCCAGACAAGACCUCUAUACCUUUUCCCCGUUGGCAGUGACUCACUGUUCGACAAUGGACUGCCAUGUCUUUUCUUACUUAACGAGUAAAGUGUCAGCUCUAUCAUACGCAACAUCCAAAGGUGGUGAUUUUAUCGACCCUUUCUCUACAUUGCAACUUAAAGAGACCGGACGAGAUACUGCUUUACUACGGGAGCACUGUGCUAUCAUGGCCGAUAAACAACUGAGCGAAUCUGCAAAAUUGCCGAAAUGGCCCUUGGUUCCAGACAUAAGGACAAAUGGAAAUUCGCUCCAGUUUUCUGACGUUUCGAAAGACUGUAUUGAUCUCCUCCCCGAUACUUGGAACGUUGUCUCCAUAAGCCUGGGCGUUGACCACAACGAAUUUGUAAUAUCGAAACUGCGUGCUGGCCAGGCACCGUUUAUGCUAUGCCUUCCUCUAAAACGAAGCGACUCAGACGACGAUGAUGAAGAGACUUUUUCAUUCGAUGAUGGCAAGGCAGAGUUACUGGAAAUAAUAAAAUUAGCCAACAGAAGCGCCCAUGAUACCCGUGCUCGGGUGGAUAAAAAGGCCAAAAAGGAAUGGUGGGCUAAUCGGGAGGCUCUCGAUACGCGACUGAAAGAUCUCCUUCACAACAUUGAAAAUAUAUGGUUCGGAGGUUUUCGGGGAAUUUUUUCUCAGAAGCCGAAGAAUGAAGCUUUGCUUUCGCGAUUCAUCCACUCUUUUGAGAAAACUCUCAAUAAACACUUGCCGUCAAGGCGUGGAAAAAGAGGGAAGAACAAGGACUGCCGGCUCAGCUUGGACCGAAACGUCAUGGAGCUUUUUGUGAACAUUAGGAGACUAUCGGAUGAGGAUGACCCAGAAGACUCCGUGAUGGACCUGCUAUACUUUGUUGUUGACGCGUUGCAAUUCCAGGGCGAGAGGAAUGCGUACGACGAAAUUGAUUUUGACAUGAUGGUCAUUGAAACCUUGGAUGCUUUGCGAAGCUACGCCGAAGCGGAACAGAGGGAAGAAAACUCUCAGCCACAGCCACAUACAAUUCUCAUACUUGACAAAACUCUUCAUUCGUUCCCGUGGGAGUCAUUGGAUUGUCUGCAAGGAUGUUCCGUGUCCAGGAUACCAUCGCUCCACUGUUUGCGCGAACGGCUCUUUGAUAUUAAGGCCCAGCAAGGGGCAAAUGUCUCACGACAAGGAUAUCAUAUUAAGAAAGAAAGCGGAGCGUUCAUUCUCAACCCCAGUGGAGAUCUCAAAUCAACGCAAAACACUUUCCAAUUUCCGCUCUCCAAAUUCGAUGGCUGGACCAACAUUACUCAAAAAGAGCCUAGCGAAGAAGAUUUUAGGGGAGCUCUAGAAUCUAAGGAUCUUCUCCUCUACUUUGGGCAUGGAAGCGGCGCCCAAUAUAUCCGUGGCCGAACGAUAAAAAGGCUUGACCGCUGCGCCGUCACUUUUUUGAUGGGAUGUAGUAGCGGAGCAAUGAUCGAAGCUGGCGAAUUCGAACCAUAUGGUACACCUUGGAAUUAUAUGCAAGCUGGCUCUCCUGCUUUGGUUGCUACGCUCUGGGACGUUACCGACAAGGAUAUCGAUCGUUUUGCGGAAGGGGUUUUCAAGCAGUGGGGCUUGUUUUCCUCUGAGGAGGAGAACCCCGGACUAGGUCGCUUAUCUAGGAAAAAUGGGAAGAUGGCUGAUAACUCUGAGAGUGGUUUAGGGUUGGAAGAGCCUGGGUCGGUUGGCUUGGACACUGCAGUUGCAAGAUCAAGGGAUGCUUGCAUUUUGAAAUAUUUGAAUGGCGCGGCGCCAGUUGUCUAUGGUGUUCCUGUGUUUUUGGAAUAAGGCGUUUUUCAGGAUACGGUUUGGAAUUGUUUAAUGCUAGCGAGGAGUUGGGGACAUUACAAUUAGACGAUGACAGGUACAUAAUAGAAGGGAUUGCUCCUUAAUAUUUAAGCUUUUC